UUCAAGAACCAGACGAGAGAAAGCGCGUGUUUAAAACACAAGGAAGAAGAGAGCCCUCCCGAGUUUUAUAUUAGGCUACUUUUCUUCUUUACUUAACCGUUUAACGGAGGUACAUUGCCCAGUGCGGAGAUUCUUCAGUCUAUGAUACGAAAUUAUUUAAUUGUGAAAGCGUAAAUAUUUUCGGAACUUCCGAUGGUUUAGAUCGAAAAUCGAGCAUUUCCCCAUUAGGCUAUAUUUAGGCUAAAUUAGAUUCAGAUUAGUUGGUAAUUUGGCACAGGUCUGAUCGCGGUGUCAUAUCGGCUCUGUAUUGAUCACAUUCAGACUGUCAAUUGAUUCCCCCGCUGUAACAUCUGCAAACAGUGAGUGAAUCAUCUUGAGGACACGACUGUGUGUUUCAGCACAGGGGAGACGGAGGAAAGGCGGAUGAUGAUGUUGAGGUUUGGAGAUGCUUUGGUCACUUUAGUGACUCUCUACUGUGUGGUCAAAGGGACUGUUAGCGGAUACGGCAUGAGCAUGUUCGCCGCUCAGACUUCCCCACCGGAUCCAUGUUACGAUGAGAACGGUCAUCCCAGAAGAUGCAUCCCCGAUUUCGUGAACGCGGCGUUCGGGAAAGAAGUGCGUGUGUCCAGCACCUGCGGCAAAAUACCGAGUCGGUACUGUGUGGUGACUGAGAAAGGAGAUGAAAGACACAGAAACUGCCACACGUGCGACGCAUCGGACCCAAAGAAGUGUCACCCACCUGCAUACCUAACCGACCUGAAUAAUCCUCAUAAUCUCACCUGCUGGCACUCGGAAAAUUUCCUUCAGUAUCCUCAAAACGUCACUUUAACAUUAUCCCUGAGCAAGAAAUUCGAGGUGACCUACGUGAGUUUGCAGUUUUGCUCUCCUCGACCAGAGUCAAUGGCUAUCUUGAAAUCAAUGGACUACGGCAAGUCCUGGGUGCCUUUCCAGUACUACUCUACCCAAUGUCGAAAGAUGUACAACAAACCCAGCAAAGCCACCAUCACGAAGCAAAACGAACAAGAGGCCAUCUGCACGGAUUCUCACACCGACAUGCACCCUCUUUCCGGCGGGUUGAUCGCGUUCAGCACCCUGGACGGUCGACCCUCCGCGCACGACUUUGAUAAUUCACCCGUACUUCAGGACUGGGUGACCGCCACUGACAUUAAGGUGACUUUCAGCCGGCUGCACACUUUCGGAGAUGAAAACGAGGAUGACUCGGAGCUGGCCAGAGAUUCCUAUUUUUACGCAGUGUCAGACCUGCAGGUCGGCGGCAGAUGUAAGUGUAAUGGACACGCGUCACGGUGCGUGAAAGACCGGGAUGGAAACCUCGUGUGCGAGUGCAAGCACAAUACAGCCGGUCCAGAGUGUGACAGAUGCAAACCGUUUCACUAUGACCGACCCUGGCAGCGUGCAACCGCCAGAGAAGCCAACGAAUGUGUCGCCUGCAAUUGUAACCUUCAUGCAAGGCGCUGUCGUUUCAACAUGGAGCUUUACAAACUCUCCGGAAGGAAAAGUGGGGGAGUCUGCCUGAACUGCCGCCACAAUACAGCAGGUCGCCACUGCCACUACUGCAAGGAGGGCUACUACAGAGACAUGUCUAAGCCCAUCUCUCACAGAAAGGCCUGCAAAGCCUGUGAUUGCCAUCCUGUGGGGGCCGCGGGCAAAACCUGUAACCAAACCACAGGCCAAUGCCCCUGUAAAGACGGUGUGACGGGUAUCAUGUGCAACCGUUGUGCUAAAGGCUACCAGCAGAGCCGAUCACCCAUUGCCCCCUGCAUAAAAAUUCCCAUUGCUCCACCAACCACAACUGCAAGCAGCACAGAGGGGCCUGCAGAUUGCGACUCCUACUGCAAGGCCUCCAAAGGCAAGCUGAAGAUCAAUAUGAAGAAGUAUUGCAAGAAAGAUUAUGCUGUCCAAGUACAUAUCCUGAAAGCAGAAAAAGCCAGUGAGUGGUGGAAGUUCACCGUCAACAUCAUCUCUGUCUACAAACAGGGUGAGAGCCGAAUCCGCAGAGGAGACCAGUUUCUGUGGGUCAGAGCCAAGGACGUGGCCUGCAAGUGCCCAAAGAUCAAACCUGGCAAGAAGUAUCUUUUGCUGGGCAACGAUGAGGAUUCCCCUGGACAGAGCGGCGUAGUGGCAGACAAGGGCAGUCUGGUCAUUCAGUGGAGGGACACUUGGUCUCGAAGACUUCGGAAGUUUCAGCAGAGGGAGAAGAAAGGAAAAUGCAAGAAAGCAUAGUUAGGGGAAGAGAGAGGAGGUGGCCAUCCAGAGCUGGACAGAGAACAGACGAGUGGUGGAUGAUAAGGGAAAGGAAGAGGAGAACAAGAGAGGGACUAAACAUCGCUGCUUUAAAUAAAGGCAUGAAGAAUAUAUUAGUGUUUUUUUUUUUUUUUUUUAAAUAGGAACACUUGUGAAGGAGCUCACAAUGCAGUUUUCAUUUCUUAUUUGUUUCCUUUGAGAUUUGUUUGUUGUUUGCCAAUUUUGCACCUUUGUCCAGUAAAGAAAGGUAUUUUAUACCAGCUUCAUAUUUCAGAUCCAUUUGGUAUGUUUUCAGUCUGGUUGAGAAUUAGAUCAAGCCAUAGUUCAGAAUCAAAAAACGGAAAUAAAAACAUUAUAAAAUAAUUGCGAUAUAUUUAAAGCAAUAGUCCUUAAAGGAAUAUUCUGUGUUCAAUACGAGUUAAGCUCAACACAUUAGCCCUGUUGUACGCUACUUGUCAUGAUAAGAGAAUGAGGCUCAGGACCCAAAGGCAGAGUGAAAAUAAACAGAGAAAUUAUUAAUACAAAAUAAAUAAAAAUCAAACACACAGGACCGACUGAAAAACAAGACGAACUGGCAAUGUAUAGCACACAUGAGGAGACUAAAAUAGGGUGAGAAAUCAACAGAUUAACAACACAGUGCAGGUGUGACUAAUAAACUAAUAAUGGGUAAACAAGGAGGCGGGGUAUGACGUAAGACAGAGAUAUGUGGCGCUACAGAAACAAAACAAAGCCACGUGCUCUCACAAGACAAAAAAACACCCGAAUGGCAUGAGUACACAUCGCCAAGACAUUAAGGCAAUAUACGCCCAUGCCAUCCGACAAACAAGACGAGAGAAUGCGUAGCAACGCCAGACAAAAUGAUGCCACGCAUUCUCACACUAAACAAAACAUGAGCGUACAUCGCGAGGCAAACGCCACGCGAUGCAUGCAACAGGCGGCAAAAACAAGACAGGACACCUGUGCGAGAGUUCGGCCACACAUAAACCCGAAAUCUCAGACCGAAGUGACUGAACCUCAGCACAAUGUGAAGACAGCUCGCAACCCAGGCAUGCAGCACAAAGCAAGUGCAAAGAGAGUGCAACGCACAUCCAUGGUCAUGAGAGGCAGACAAAGAACAUGGAGCAUGAGUGUCCGGAUCCCAACACAGACCGAAACAGAAGCAGACAGGAAGUCAGGAUCAAGACACCAUGCUCCGGACAUGAAUCAAGACAGACCGAAGAGCGCACAGCAGGGAACACUACCGAAACCGUGCGCUCACACAAAGACAGACAUGGGAUGAUGAUGUCACAGUCCUGCCAGACAAAAACCCAAACUGACAGAGUGACAGGACCUUGACACUACUCUGGGAGCCCAAACAUGAAAACAAUAAAGUAAAUCCCAUCAGAGCCAGAAGGUUAAUAGAGAUACCAAGCCACAAAACAGCUGCAAUACAGUGCUCCAAAUGUGCCUACAUUUGCAGCCACAAGUGAAUUGAUAGUUCUGUCGCUGAUGCAAUUAUGCCACAAAUACUGUGGUUUGAGCUUAAUUUAUAUUCCACCUGGAAUAAGUCUUUCUUGUACAAGAAUAAAAACAAUUGGCGAGCUUUGGCGCUUAAGAAUUCAGAUGCUCUAAAUUAUGCAUAACGCACUAAUAAGCAUCAGAUGCCAAUGUCUCAGAAAAUUCAUAUCUCAUUUUUUAAGACUGCAGUUAGACUCUGAGUCUGACAUGGCACAACAAUUGCAAAUUUUCAAGGUGUUUGUUCAAUGUAUACAUAAUAUCUGAUUGUGUUUUUUAAAAGUGUGCCACAUUUUCACUAUUUCGACAUUUCCUUCUAAAACAUCUAACAAUUGCUGAAAGUAGCUUUAUACAUUUUUAUAGUAGUGCCCAUUGAUUGCUCUCCUCAACAGACAGGUAUCCACUAAUAUAGGCUAGGUUUGGUAUAUUUGAGAUUGUUCAUGCAGAUUGUUCAGAGAUAGUUCAUGCAGUUCAUGUAUCAGCCAAGUUCAAUUUAAGAUUUUUUUAAAUGUCUGUUUAAGACAUGACACAUUUCUUUAAAAUAAGAAAAUAUCUGUACUCCAGAAAAGUGUUUAAAAACAGUGGGCAAACCCAAAAUUAUAAGCAUGCCUUUACAAUUAUUUUUUAACUUUGAAUAAAUCCACCAUGUAUAUUUUUGUAUAACACAUGACUGAGGUAGUUGACUCUAAAUACAAACAUCAUAUCUUGUUCCAUUUGAUACUCUGAUUGAAUUGUUUAUAGUCCAGACUUGAAUAACUAUAUCCUUUUGUUGAAACAGUACCAUGGUAUAAACAGGCCUUUUUGUGAAAAAUGUCCUGAAAAAGUUGGUAGAAUGCUGUAUAGUUAGUAUUUUUCUUUGUGUGUAAAACAGUACUUAGAAGUGUAUGAAUUAACUUUAACUAGUAUUUAGUUUUGUAAAGCAACAGUAUCUCUCCUAUAACAUUAGGCUAUCCAUGUCUGUUUAGGAUCUGUGCAUGUAGGUAUGCAUGUAAUGUUUCACUACAACCAAUUCUCUUCAAUGUGAGAAACGCUGCUCUCUCUCUCUCUCUCUCUCUCUCUCUCUCUCACACACACACACACACACACACACACAAACAACUUUGCUUAUUCUGUUACUAAAAAACCCCACAGAUCUCUAAAGUAACAGCUACAGUGUUAAACGCUUGUCCACUGAUCUUUGAAGAGCCACUUUUGCUUGUGUGGUCAGUCCUUCAAACAUUAAGAAAACACAAUUCAAAAACUGAUAGUAAUGUUAAUAUAAAAAAAAAAAAAGAAAGGAAAAAUAAAUUGUAAAUGUACACAAUGUAUGACAUACAGAUAUUUAUACAUAAGCUGUAUUUACCAGUUACAAAAAAAUCAAUAUUUGUAAUAUCACAUGUAUAUGUAUUUUGUCUUAGUGCACAUUCAUUUUUUCAUUUUAUAAAGUAUUCUUAUGAUGUAAAUUUUAUGUUCAGUUUUUAUUUUUGGCAGCAGUGGAAAGAUGGUUCCUGUGUUUGACAUUACCAGCAGACCUUACAUACAUUGCUUCUUGUUCAUAUAUUGAAUUGUAAAUUUAGCUGUGACAAAAACAAGACAUCUGCAAUAUUGUUUUACAAUGCAUACUAAUAUAUUAUGGUUAUUAUGUAAGAAAAUAUUUAAUGACACAUGACAUUGUGAUUUUUUUUUAUAUGAUUCUUUGUACCUAUUUUUUAUUAUUUUGUUUUUACAGUUUGUGGUUGUUUAGAUGGUUGUGAUUAAAAUCCAUAGGGGAAGAUAACUACUGAACACCAAUCUGAUAGAAUUCAGCAUUCAUUUGGAAUAAAAUCUCAGAAAUCACUAGUGUGCCUUACUUCAAUUUCAAAUCAUCUUCAACAUUUUAACUAUAUAUUUUUAUUUUUUACAACAAAGGGAACGGCA